UGUCAAUGGAGAAAAUGCUUUUUAGAAACAACCAUCUACCAGCAGGGGUCAUACUAACCCGCCAAAAACAAAAAGUUAGUGCCAAAAGUAACCAUCCAACUGACGAAUCUACAAUGUAAUAUGAAGAACUUUUUGUGUUUGCAAAGUAUUGCGAAUAUCAAAUAUUUUGACCCAUCCAUAGUCGGAGUCAAGUCCGAGUAGAAAAUGCAUCCGAGUUCUUGACAAGUGUAACCAUAACACAUUAGUAUGUAGAAAAUUAGCAGGAAUAGCACAUGGUUAAAUUAAAAGUAACACAGAAUGUGCUGUCCUUAUCUAGAAACAGGCGUAUUUAAAAAAAUAACUCAGGUUGUGGUGUUUUCAACACAUCCUUUUUAAGAGCGCGCCUUCUACGCAUCAAAAUGAAAUCGAAACUUAAUGCCACUGAAGGAACGAUGCAAUGAAAACGUGAAUCAUCUUUGAAUGUCAUCAAGUUCGACAUGGCAUCGGGAUCUCACUAUAAAAUUAUUUGUGCACUUUGCAAGAAAUCAGACGAAACUAAAAUCACCGGGCCUCUCUCGUCUAAAGGGAGCAUCUCCGCACACCGGAACUGUUUAUUGUUUGCAUCAGGGAUCUACUGUAAGAAGUCGCCCAUCUUUGACGACCUGUUUGGGUUUGAAGUAGAAGAUGUAAAGAAAGAGCUGAAGAGAGGAAGAAGACUAUCUUGCCACCUCUGUAAAAAGAUCGGUGCCACAGCAGGAUGUGAUGUAAGGCGUUGUAAACGCUCGUACCAUUAUCCCUGCGCCAUUGAGGGUCAUGCCAGAACCACUGAAGACCCUUCUAAAGGCAGAUAUGUACUGUUCUGUAAAUUACAUGAUCCAGAAUCCAAAAAACCAAGAUCGGCAGGCGGUAAAAGACCUGACCUGAAAAGGCCUGAAAGGAGAGAUUCUAAUUCAUCUACAGGGUCAUCACAGGGGAGGGAGUCACCUGUUGUCUUAGAUUCUGCAGGGGUUUCUACAUCACCAGGCUGUCCCGUUGCAGCAGAUGCUUCUGAUGUGAGUAACACAAUGAACUUCCAGUCCAGUGCUGCCCUAUUUUGGUCCAGAUGUAAUGAGGUCGGGUGGACUAAAGAAAUCUUCUCAGAUCUUGUGUCUCAGCUGAACAGCGUAGGAGAAAGAGUGCAGUCAAAGGAAGCCAGCCAGCAAGAAUAUGAUGUUGCUCUCAAAGUAUUGGGGGUAUCUGGACAGCUGCCCUGCAUUGUUUCUCAGCUGGAACAAGACCUGGAGAAAGAGGAACAGGAUUUGCAGAGGAAAAAAGCAACACUGAGACAUGCCAAAGCUGUACUAGGUGUUUAAUUUUACGUUUGUUUUAAUGUCCAGAACAUUUCUGCAGCUUGCAUAUGUUAUAUGUUAUUUUUUUAAUGAAGGUUUACAGUACAUCACUGACAGAAAUCUUGUGAAAUAUGUCUGUAUAUAUCUUUUUGAUAUGAUCAUUCUUCUGUUCUCAUUUUCUAAAUAAACAAAAC